CGAAACAUUGCCUACCAUUUACCGAGAAAACUCUGAUCGCCCUCUUCACUACAAGAUUAUUAAUGGCUCACAAAUAAAGAAUGGUCUUCGAGAAAUAGAAAAUCUCUAUCGAGGCCACGUCAAUGAAUUCGUUUGUGACAUUAGUAAUUUUCCCUUAGUUCCUUUGAAUAACGAAUUAGUUGGGGUAAACGUUAACAUUACUCCGAGCGGUGGCACAUAUCGAUGGCAUUAUGAUCGAAACUCUGUUACAGCAUUGAUCUAUUUGAAUGAUGUUGAUGGUGGUGAGCUUGAAUUGUAUUCACUUUAUAGAAUUGCAUCACCUUUCACCAAAUUUCAAAAAGCAUUAGAUUCGCUUCUGAGGUUCAAGCCAAUUCGUUUUGUUUUUGGAAAGAAAGUUUCAAUUAAACCUGUUGAAGGAAGAAUAGUAGUUAUUAUUGGUAAUAAGUGUCUUCACAGCGUGAAGUCAGUAAUAGGAUCCGAAGAUAGAGUAAAUAUUGUUCUAUCUUAUGACGUUUUGGAUAAUCAAAAUGCUUCUAACAAUAAUCUAGAUAAUUAUCUUUAUUCACAGAUGGAGAUGGCUCCUAGUGAUCCGAAUUAUCAGAGAUAA